ACCUUUUUUUUAAAAAAAAUUCUUCAACGCUUCAGAAAAAUUUCGAAAUGGCUAGGUUACCAAUUCUUACUAUUAUCGAAUAUCCAGUAUAUGAACAUAACUCAGACGCUGAAAUUCUCGACUCGGACUCAGACUCUUACUCUGACGCCGAGUCGAAGCUUGAGAAGAAUAAAACGUUAACCGACGAGGUUCCGUACUCAAACAGAGCUGGUGUAACAUUGUUCUCCGCUCAAGAAAGCGAAGACUUACUAACAAGUUAUGCGUUAGAGACUGGGAGAACGUCAAAUUCUUUGCAAAAUGAUGCGAUAUCACUAAAUAGUUCUAUUUUUGGUUCUUCUAUGAGUGAAGAUAAUUGGACUAAUGAAACUGAUGAAGGGGAAAACGAUAUGGAUGAAGACGUUGAUGAAUAUCAUAGUGCAGAUUUUGACGACGAUGAUGAAGCCGUUAUCGACGACGAUUCUAGCGGUGAUUAUGUAUAUUUAGAUUACGCUAGUGAAGAUGACGACUUAAGUAUGGAAUAUGACCUCGAAGUUUUAUCUAAGAAAGUAAAAUCCUCAUCUAUAAAAUCAGAAACUAAAUCUCAAAAAUCACGAAAAAACUCAUUUAAAUGUAAUGUAAAAGGUUGCGGAAGAGAUUUUACCACAUUAGUUGGUCUACACUUGCAUCAAAGGAUACAUCCAGGCAAGCCAUCUACUUGUAAUAAGCCCGGAUGCAAUAUGAAGUUCGCAUGUCCUAAUGACUUAACAAAACAUAAAAUGAAAAAUCAUCCCGAGGAUAAACCACAUAUUUGUAAUAUAAACGAAUGUAGUAAAAGAUUCGCUAGGUUUUCGGAUCUAAGAAAGCACCAGAACAUCCAUACAAGAGAAAAAUUAAAAUGUACAAGUCGAGGAUGUGAUAAAGCUUUUUCGCGACCGGAUAACCUUAAAAAACAUCUGAAAGUGCAUUCCAAAUAUAAGCGAUUCAAGUGUCAAUUCUCUAGAUGCAAUAAGGAGUUUGAUUGCCGAAGUGAUUUAGUAAGACAUUCAAGAUCUCAUACUGGCAUCAAGCCUUAUUAUUGUACAUGGGAAAAUUGUAAAGUCAAAUUCACUCGGGCCGAGCAUUUACGAAGACAUCAAAAAAUACAUACUGGCGAAGAGCAAUUUAAAUGUACAGAACCAGGAUGCACCGCAAACUAUAGGUACUUAUAUCUUUUGAGAACUCAUCGUGAAGAAACAGGCCACAGAGAUUUCGUUAUUUCACCCAAAAUUAUUGGUAAAAAAUUAUUAAACUGUUAGGAUAGCUGUUGUCACACGAUGUCGAUCAUUCGAGCGAAGACAAAUAUGAUUUAGGUAAUCUUAAAGAUAAGAUAUAUAGUUCUUAUUUCCUUUUGGAGGGCCUUCUUAGAUAUUUUAUGUAUGAAUUAUUUAAAUCUUAUCGAAUUGUUAUAAAUACUUUUUGCAAUUAUGAAACUUAGCAUAAUUUAGGAUAAAUCGGAUA